AUGAAUGACCAUCGGCACCGGAAGAAGGCAGUGCAGGUCAAGACCUGGCUUGUUAUUGACUCGAUUGGCCGGGUCCAGCAGAUCGACGCCGGGAAGCAGUCAAUCAUGCGCCGGACGGGGCUCUCAGCCCGCAACCUCCGGAUCCUUGACCCGUUUCUCUCGUACCCAUCGUCCAUCACGGGCUGCGAGAGAGCGAUUGUGAUCAAGUUGGAGUACAUCAAGGGGAUAAUCACUGCACAUGAUGUUUUGUUGCUGAACUCUAGGGACCCAGCGGUGGUUCCUUUCGUGGAGGAGCUCAAGCGACGGUUCUUGCACUAUCAUGAAGCCAACACAAUGAAGAUUCGCGGAAAUGGCGGCGAUGAGCAAACUGCGGAAGAGGUGGCAAAAAUCCUUGAAGGUUCACAAGAGAGUGUGGAACGCAGUCAAGUGCUGAAGGAACAAGAAGACAGAUUACAGACUCUUCCUUUUGAGUUUGUUGCUUUAGAGGCAUGCCUUGAAACUGCUUGCUCUAGUUUGGACGACGAGACAAAAGCAUUAGAGCAAGAGGCUUAUCCCGCGUUGGAUAGGCUAACUUCGGAGAUUAGUAGCUUCUACCUCGAAAGGGUUCGUCAAAUUAAGGGCCGUUUGGUUGCAUUAACUCAACGCGUUCGAAAGGUGAGGGAUGAGCUUGAGCAUCUUCUCGAAAAUGAUGGGGACAUGGCGGGGAUGUACCUGACCAGCAAACUACUUCAAGAAGAAGAUGACAACUCUUCUUCUCCCUCAGCUAUCGUCGAUGAAGAAGACGAAGUUCCUGAGCUAAACAAUGACAGACAUCACAAUGGAGAUCCUGAUAUCUUACCUGAUGACGGCUUGAAUUCUCCGCACGGUUUGCUGAAUGAUGAAAUUGAAAGGGUCACGAGCAGCGAUUCUCGCGGCGCCUUGGCCAGGCAUUUCGAAGUGGCAGAAUUAGAGAUGCUCCUAGAGGCAUGCUUUGUACAAGUUGAUGGCACACUUAACAAGCUGUCUACACUAAGGGAGUACGUCGAUGACACAGAAGACUACGUGAACAUAAUGUUGGACGACAAACAGAACAAUCUUCUGCAGAUGGGAGUGCUGAUAACAACCGCUAUUCUGGUGAUCAGCUCAUACAUAACUAUCGUCGACGUGAUGGGCAUGAACAUAACCAUCUCCCCAUAUCAGUCCCAGGAACACUUCUUGUGGACCGUCGGCACUUGCACCAUCGGGACCAUCAUAUUGUAUGUCAGCAUAGUUGUAUGGUACAGAUACAAAGGAUUGUUAAAUUAAGGGCACGUAGAAAUUCAGUGUCACCAGCAAAAUACGCGAAAUGUUCAGGAUUGGUUUAGGUAGACACGCUCCAUGGAUAGUGUGCUACGACUACUACUACUGCAAAACUAUAAUCUUGAACUUGUAGCUCAUCAAUCUUGAAGCAUAUGGACACAAGGAGACAAUUUCCUUGCAUUGAUUAUCAAGUUUGUAAAAUGAGACAGAACUCCGCCAGAGAAUGAGCACCAAUACAUGUUGACAAAGAACCAGUUACA